AGGAACUUUCGAGUUUGUUUAUCAUGAAACCCUCCAUCAGUUGAACAGACUGAUAACAGAAUGUCUUUUUCAGCGCACGAAAAUGGCGAUUCUAGGCAUUCUAUGCCUCGAUGUCUAUCUGACACCAGACUCGAUGAAGCCUUCAGUGCUCAUGGGCAAAGUGGACAUCGAUUUGUGCGCAAAACUUUCACUCGUCCGACAUAUUGCCAUCACUGUACGGACAUGCUUUGGGGUUUUACAAACCAAGGACUAAUUUGUGAAGUUUGUAAUUUUGUGAAUCAUGAUCGAUGUAUGCAACUUGUUACAACUCCAUGUAUUUCCAUUGCAACAUCAUUGGUGAAGGAGCCUGUUGCUCACAGUUGGAGCGGUCCAUCUUUCUUUCGGCGAAGGUUUUGUUGUGUUUGUAGAAAGAGACUCGAAGAUCAUGUAGCUUUUAGAUGUCAAGUUUGUGAAUAUUUUGUUCAUGAGGAGUGUAAAGAGUUUAGUGUUAGUGACUGCAAGAAGUGUGCUUCGUAUGUUCCUCACAUGAAAAAUUCUGUAAGGCAAGCUCACCAUUGGAGAGAAGGAAACAUACCACCCAGUGCAAAGUGUGCACACUGUAAACGAACUUGUGGAAGUGUGGAGUGUUUGACAAGUGUCAAAUGUUGCUGGUGUGGGCAGGCGGCCCAUAGUUCUUGUCAGUUUAUGUUACCUAAAGAAUGUGGAUUUGGUUAUCUUCAUAAGCUUUUGUUACCACCAUAUGCUGUUUCAAUGCCAAAUGUCACCUUGUGGAGUUCUUGUUCAGAGAGCAGAUGCAAGUCUGCUACAUCAAGAGGUAAGGAGGAAGGUAUGCUGAAAGGUGUUGUUGACAGUGAUGAUGGUAUAGUCUCAGAUGACCCACUCCAUAACACAGACAUGAGCAGUUUAUCUUUUGAUGCAGAUGAAACUUAUUUAAAGAUAUAUGAUGGUGACAUAACGGAUCCAAAACUUUGUAAAAACAUAGUGAUUCCCAGGACAGCUCAAGUCAGCAAUGUUCUUGAAGAAGCUUUGAAAAAAUUUCAUAUCACAGAUGAUCCCAGCAAUUAUUACCUUGCAAGAGCUGUGGAUGAAGAAAAUGAACGUGUCCUUGAUCCUGAAGAGAAGCCUCACCAGUUUACUGGUAGAAAUUCAUCCAAACCUUUAAUCUUUCUUCGCAUGAAGAGUGCAGAUCGACGGAAAGGAUAUAUAAGAGUUUACCCUGGAAUGAUAAAUGCGACAGGAACAUUCAAGAUAAUCCCUGUGACUGCACAGACAACUGUUACAGAAGUGAUAAGUGCUGCUUUAGAAAAAUUUGGAUUGAAGGAUGCCAACGAGAAUGAUUUCUCUUUGACGGAAGUAAACUUAACUCAAGGAGUCCAUGAACGAAGAAUGGAACACAAUGACUGUCCAUGGAAGUCCUUGAUGGAUAUUAGAAAAAAGUCUGUAAGGAAAAUGAAACUCACAAGAUUCUACCUGAGGCGAAACUUAGAACCCUUGGGCAGUGUAUGUAUAUGCGUUGGUAGUCUCCCAGUUGGCCUUGACACGAGUAAAUACAAAACUUUGAUUGGCGACGUUCUAGGAGAAAUCAUGGAAUUUUGUGAGGUGAAAAGUGUGUUUUCUAGUUAUGGUAUGGUGUUUGUGUUUUUUCCUGCUGCUGACACAGCAGCGGAUGCUGUGAAUAAAUUUAAAAGCUCCACCGUGGACAACAAAGAGCUGUUCGUGAGAGUCUUACCCAGCAUUCAUCCUGGACUGUUUCCCCCUGGAAGCCAACCUCUUCUAGUACUGGUAAACUCCAAAAGUGGUGGUGGUCAGGGGGCCGACAUGUUAGCAGCUUUCCAGCGGCUGCUCAACCCUUAUCAAGUGUACAGCCUCUUAGAGGGAGGCCCAUUAUUAGGAUUUUAUGCUUUCAGAUCUAUUCCUGAUUUUCGUGUCUUGAUCUGUGGUGGUGAUGGCACAGUUGGCUGGGUGCUGUCAUGUUUGGAUGAUGUUGUUCAAGAGAUGAAGUGUAAACUACCUGCAUCAGCAGUUCUUCCUCUUGGCA